AUGGACUUCUAUCCGACAAACUUCGCGGCUUUUGCUCUGAUUAACGUUCUUUUAGCAUAUCGAGAAUACAAACAAGAGGCAGCGAUUGAGCCAGAGAAAGGGGCUCGGGAAAAAGUCCAGAAUAAUGAUUAUCAGGACUUACUGAGGGCAUUUAAAUGGCGAUUUCUUCCUAUCUACUUGCUCGUAAAUGGUUCCGACUGGCUUCAGGGACCAUACAUUUAUCCAUUAUACAAAGAUGAGAAAGGACUCGCUGAAGAAGUCGUCGCAGCACUAUUCAUGACCGGCUUUCUCGCCGGCGCAGUAUCCGCUUCCUUUACCGGUAAACUCGCCGAUAGAUAUGGCCGCCGCGCAGCCUGUCUCGCCUUCUGCGUCAUCUAUUCCCUCUCAUGCUUCACUCUUCUCACCAACGAUCUCGCCAUCUUGUUCUUAGGCAGGGUACUAGGAGGCGUGAGUACGACGCUCAUGUAUAGCGUGUUUGAAAGCUGGAUGGUGACAGAGUUCAACUCUUCAUUUCCCGAUGCGCCGGGCUCUAUCCUCAGUGGUAUUUUCAGUACGAUGACUACACUUAACACUGUGGUUGCGAUACUGGCGGGUAUUUUUGCAGAGUGGGUUACAGAUUUGACGGGGACUGAGAAAGCGCCAUUCAUGACUGCUGCUGGGUGCUUGAUGGUUGCUUUCUUUGCUAUCUCUAGGAACUGGGGUGAAAAUUAUGGCGAAAAUGGACCUAGCAAAAAGUCUAUAUUGGAUGUGGAAGGAAAUGGCAUUGAAGCGCCAGCGAAAAGCACACUUCGACUGUUCCUUGAUGACAAAAGACUACUUGCACUCGGCGUCACUUCAUGUUUCUUUGAAGGAUCGAUGUACAUUUUCAUCUUCUUCAAGUUCCCCGCUCUAAAACUAUCUCACAAGCUCGCCGGCCAUCAGGACGACCUCCCCUUUGGCGUCAUCUUCGCAGUGCUUAUGUGCUCCAUGAUGACAGGCUCCAUGAUCUACAACUACAUAAUAACCAACCACACCACCAUUACGCCGACCAAACUCCUCAUCGCCACCCUCUCCAUCGCAGCAGCGUCAUUCUUCCUCCCUGUGCUUAUCCGCGACGAAAGUGUUACGUUUUGGUGUUUCUGUAUCUUUGAGGUUUGUUGCGGGGUUUAUUUUCCGCUGAUGGCUUAUCAGAAGGGCAAGAUUGUUGAUGAUAGUGUGAGGGCGAAUGUGUAUGGGUUGAUGCGGGUUCCAUUGAAUUGCUUUGUGGUGCUCGUUUUGAGUACUACCAGGGAAGGAACUCAACAUAGAGAUCUAGUUUUCACAUCCUGUAGCGCGUUAUUACUUGCUGCUGUCGCGGUCAAUAGCGCUUUGCUGUAG